CGGAGCCGAACCAAGUUUAAAAUUGGUUGUAAUAAUCUUUUUCAGCACGGAAUAUUUGUUUGCUUUGAUUUUUUAAAGUCAGUGAAUAAAAAUUUCCGGACCCGCUCUGUCGCUAACGGCCCGCUCCUGCCCUCCACCUCACCGGAGAAACCGACCGUUUUUCUUGACCUAGACGAGACUUUGGUCCAUUCCCGGCCAAACCUCCCGCCGGAGAGGUACGAUUUCAUCUUCCGGCCGGUCAUAGACGGCGCAAAAGUCGAUUUCUACGUCUCCAAGCGUCCAUUCUUGGACGAGUUCCUCGAAUUCCUCAGCGAAAAAUUCGAACUCGUGGUCUUCACCGCUGCUCUGGAGGAGUACGCUUCCCUGGUGGUGGAUCGGCUGGAUCGGAAGGCGUUGACAUCCCACCGGCUUUACCGGACUUCUUGCAGGGAAACGGAGGGCAAGUUCGUGAAGGACUUGAACGCAACCGGGAGAGACCUGAGGAAGGCAGUUCUCGUAGACGACAACCCUAAUUCGUACUCUAUCCAGCCGGAAAACGCCAUUCCGAUACGACCGUUCACCAACGACUUAAGCGAUUCUGAGCUCCGGCGGUUGAUUGAGUUCUUCCGGCGCACUGAUGAGUAUGAAGACAUAAGAGAGGCUGUGAAGCGGCGCCUUGCUGAAGAGCAAGGAGAAGAGAGAUUAUGAAUGUAAGUGUUCUUUGUUUGUUUGUUAAAUUCCCUUCUCUUGAAAUUACUUUUUUGAACAAAUAAUGUUCAAUUUCAAUCUCAUGAAAGGAAAUAUAUAAUAAAGCACUUCUGGUGCUUUGGCUUUGGCU